CGCAGCGCCGAGCGGGGAGGGGGAGGGGCGGGGGGAGGGGGGGGGAUGGGGGGGUGGGGGAGGGGCAGGGGGGGUCCCCCCUCCACCCCCCCCUCGCUUUGGGGGGAGGGGGCAGCAGAGGGGGGGGAUGAAAGGGAUAAAGGGGGGAGGGGCUGCGGCGGCGGGACCGGCACCGAGAAGGGACCCCCCUGGCUCCGGCAUGAAGUACCGGAACCUGGGGAGGUCGGGGCUGCGGGUCUCCUGCCUCGGGCUGGGUGCCCGGGGGACGUUCGGGGCCGGGAUCUCCGAUGAGGAGGCCGAGCGGGUGCUGAGCGCAGCCUACGAAAGCGGGGUGACCCUCUUCGACGCCGCCGAGGCCUCGGGCAGGGCAGAGGAGAUGCUGGGAAAGAUCCUGAGGAGCAAAGGCUGGAGACGCUCCAGUUACGUCGUCACCACGAGGGUCUUCUGGGGGGGGCAGGCCGACCGGGGGCUCUCGCGGAAACACGUCCUGGAGGGCCUCCGUGGGUCCCUCCAGCGCCUCCAGCUCGAUUACGUCGACGUCGUCUUCGCUGGGCCCCGCCCCGGCCCCGCCCACACCGAAGGGCUCGACCUGACCCUGCGCCUCCUGCGGCUUGAAGAGCUGGUGCGUGCCAUGAGUGACGUCAUCGACCGGGGGCUGGCGCUGUACUGGGGGACGGCAGGGGGGGCACCCGGCGACAUCAUGGACGCCUACGCGGUGGCCCGGCAGUUCAACUUGGUGGCCCCUGUGUGCCAGUGGGCGGAGCUUCCGCCGGAGCCCCGCCUCUUCCGGCAGAUCGCCUGGUCCCUGCGGGCCGAGGGUGUCAGCUCCGUCCUGGUGGGGGCUGGGACCCCCCGACUGCUGCGGGAGCAGCUCCAGGCCCUGCAGGUUCUGCCCCAGCUCGGCCCCGCGGCACUGCACGAGCUCGAGACUGUCCUGGGAGAGGUGGCCCCGCCCUAG